CGUUGGACUCCUUCGUGAGGGCUAGCGUUGGCCUCAGCGCCGUCUCACCGACCGCGUUUUGGCAAUCCCAUGAUGCCGCACGCAUGAUGUUUAUGGCUCUGUUAUGAGCACAGAGUUGUGGUUGCAUGCUGUUUGUGUGUGGUUGACCAUUUCCCUGGGGGCGAGUGGCAUUGAGCGUUUGCCGGGGCCGGUUAAGGGAGACAAAGUACGGUCCCAGAGGAGAAACGAAGGGGGUUGUUGCCGAUGUGUAACCGUGUUCUCACAAUUACCUGUCGGGCAGCUGGGGAACUUUAUAGAGCCCAAGUCUUGUACCACCAAGGAAGUCCGAAGACUGCCGGUACAUCAAGGAGCGGCUGAAGGCGGAGGAGGCGGGCAAUCAGGAACUUUCUGCCCAUGCCUUUGCGCAAGAGCAAAAAUGCCGACACCAUUUCGGUGGAACUGAUUGGAUCCGAUGGCGCGGCGUGUUCUGCUGGACGGAGGCUCCCUUUC